AUGAUUUCGGGCAUUGCUCCUCGUCCUAUUGGCCUCAAAUCAACGAUAUCAGCACAAGAGAAAGCAAAUCUGGCACCCUUCAGUUAUUUCCAGAUCGUGGAUCAUGAUCCACCAGUAUUCAUGCUCGCAUUCUCAGGUCGCGAAGGCGCGUUGAAGGAUACUUUACAGAAUCUGCGCGAUACAGGCGAGGCUGUCCUCAACACCGUCUCAGAGAACAUGAUUGAAGCUGUCAAUGCGACCUCGAUUGAUGCACCACCUGAUGCAUCAGAAAGGCUCCUCUCUGGGUUGACAAAAGCACCCAGUACAACUCUCAAGCCCGCUCGCGUCAUGGAAGCGGUAUUCAGCAUCGAGACAAAGCUCCUGCAACUCGUGGGCCUUGAUACCAGCAAGCCUAGGGUGGGUUCGCAUGGUUGCCUUGCUCUUCUUGAAGCAACUCGAUUUUGGGUUCGCGAUGAUGCUAUCAACGAGCAGAGAAAGCACAUUGAUCUUGAGAAGUUGAGACCAGUCGGUCAACUUGGAGGUGUCGCUUAUGCUAGGAUCACUGACCCUUUCGAUCUACCAAGAACAAGUUGGGCAAGGGCGACGAAGGAGACGCCAGAACUGAUGGAUUUAAGAGAUGCCGAAAGUCCCUCAUUAACAUCCACAACACCACAAGAAUCGGAUCUGGGGAUCUAG